AUGCUUGAUUUCAACAACGCAAUUAGCAUUGUACGUGCUACUUAUCAAGUAAUCGAACACGCGAGUGUUGUUGAAGAUGCUACCAACGAGAAAGGGCAAUUGUGCCGACAAUUCGAGGGCCUGGGGGCGACAUUAGAGAAAUUGGAGAAAGCCUGCAUUCAGUGUAGUGACGACGAUCAGGACAGUUACCAACACAUUUUAGACCAGCUGGUCCCCUACAUGAAUGAUUUGAAGGAGAAAUUUAAACCGGAUGAAAACUCUCCGAGAGAAAGCAUGGCGAAUAUCGUUUGGCCGAAACAGAAAGAAUACAUCGAGGCAGCGCUGAAGAAAAUAGAUGAAUUGGACAGCGAACUUGGCUUACGACUGGCGGCUCAGCGGGCACCCGCAGAGCAUGAGAUUGACGAAAUUAUCGAAAGGCUUACACCUGAUCUCGAGAAAAAAUUAUCAGCGGCGCCUCAACAAGUUCAGUUCAUCACGCCUGGAACAUGUAAAGAGUUCUGGAAUACGCAAGAGGGUGUAGAAUGGAAGAAUUCAGAGAAAGGGUUUCUUUGGAUCAGUGGAAUUCAAGGCACUGGUAAAACCGGUCUCGCGGUUCAUAUUGGCGACACCCUCAGAAAAGAGGCAGGCAACCCUCCAGCUUUCUGUGUGGCACGUGUCCAUUGUGAUUAUGAGACAAUGAGUCUCCUCGAAGACCACAUGGAUGUUGUGAUGAGCCUUUGGGUCCAGCUAGUCAAGUAUACACCGGAGCUUGUAUUUGACUCUGCACUCAUUAAGCAAUGGCGAGCAGACCUUUCGUCUGGUGGAUUUGCAUCGUACACAAACGCCAUCAAACUGAAGAUGGAGGCAUUUGUCCAGACAAUAACCCUAGUCGGGUCAGUGGUAUUGAUACUGGAUGGUCUUGAUGAAAUUCCCGGGCAAUACCAACACGACGUGGUGCAGCGUCUUAUGGAGAUCCAAGAGCGAAGCAAUCAAUGCCGCUUACUGAUUACGUCUCGCCCUUAUGCCAAGAUCAAAUCUCUAUUUGAAGGGAAACCAAGAUUCAACCUAGAAGCAAGUGAUUCCGAUAUCAACCUAUAUUUACACGAGAGGGUCCAACGAACACAGCAAAUACUUUUUAAGGGCCUCGAUAUGGCCGAAUUUGUCGAAGACGUUAUCCGAGAAUUGAUUUGCAAAUGUAGUGGAUCUUUUUUAAUGGCGAAACUGUACAUGGACGAAGUGCUGAGAGCAACGAAUGAAACGGAAUGCUGGAAUAUCAUCAGAAAAUUUCCAAGGACAGCCUCUGAAGCCUAUAGUACAGGAUUAAAGCGGCUAUCUGAGGCAGCUAUUCAACAGACAUCUAAUUCGCUCCCAUGUCGGGCCAUUCAAGCCUUGUUUUGGGUGGCUUAUGCCAAUGGUUUCCUACAAGAAAAGCAUUUGAGACAAGCAUUGGCCGUUGAUCUCGAAGAUACCGAUUACGACAAGGAAAAGGAGGAUUUGAUGGGCCUUGACGCUCUAUGUGGCGAGCUACUGAUUGUCGACACUGAAUCCGGAAUGGUCAGUAUUGGCCAUAGAACAGUUGCCGAGUAUCUUCUUAAGGGAGAAACGCGACAGGAGUGGUUUCCAAGCAUUCGCGAGUACAUUCCGACCAUUUUGAUGAAAUAUUUGUUGCUAGGAUGUAUGAUGGAACCACUAGCCGAUGCUGACUCAAAAGAUGACUUUCGGACACGCCAUCCGCUCAUUCCUUACGCAGCUAAAUACUGGGGGUGGGACCUGAAGCGUCUACUUGUAGAAAAUACUCAGCUCUGGAAGAGUACUGAGGAGUUUCUCAAGGCUCCAUUCUAUCGGUGGAAUGAUGUUGUUAAACAUGAAGUGGCAGAGAUGAUGCUGGCAAAGUCACUUCAGGCCCCCAGACCUUUGUUUCCCUCGGUCGGAGCGCUCGAGCGCUACGGUCUUACACCGGGCAAUAUUAAUGGCGUCCAUUGGAUAGUGGUUUUUGGCCUCUCGGCUUUUACAAAGACCAUCAAUGAUUACGAAACAUGUUUUCCGGUCAAAAAUCCGAUCCCAGCGACCCCAUUAGGGCUUACAAUCUUAUACGAUCAACCGGAAAUAGCGAAGAUAUUGCUUAGCCAAGGAGCUCAUGUCAACUUAUAUGGGACCAACGGCCGCGCGCAACAUCUAAUAAGCCAGGUUUUGAUCCUCUAUCAUGAAAGGAAUGAACUCAAAAGUCUUCUCCUAGAUCAUGGUAUGGACAUGACACUCAGACAACCAUAUAAUGAUAAAUCGCUUCUUGACAUUGCUAUGGACCUGUUAGUCGAGGACGGCUUAACAAGAGUUCUAGGUUCGAAUGUGGAAAAAUGGCCAAAAAAUGCACAAUUAUUGCAUUACCUUGUCAGACGGGGUUGUGUCGCUCAACUUAAACAGGCUAUCAAUCAAGGGCUUGAUGUUAAUCUCCCUUGUGAUAACGGAAAGAAAGCCCUUGACUAUGCUUAUGAGCUUGGUUCAAAGACGAUGAUUGACACGCUGAUUCAAAAUAAUGCAACUCCAGCGCUGCAGUGGCCCGCGGUUCAAUCAGAAUCAUCUCCGUAUCCUGUCAAUUUUAUUGAGACGAGUCUUGCGAAUUCUGUGAUAACAAAACAAAAAUAUUGGGGGAAACGUGACGCCCCCGUGACAGCAAACAGCUAUGAUGAUCACAGCUAUGAUGAUCACCCAUAUAAAGGACUGCUUCAAGUCGCUAUUGAUGACACGGUUCAAUUACCGAUCCAAAAAAUCGUUGAGACAGUGUCAAGGAACCGACCCUGGAAGCGCUUUAAGGGCCCAGGCCCUUAUUUUGGCUCUAAAGAAGCUCGGAUCGAGGUACGCACUCAUUUUGAAGGAGGGUAUUCGGAUAGCUUUGAAGUGCAGAGCAGCGUCUACGGCUCUCAAGAGUUCCGACUUCACACUAAUAUCUGGAAUCUCAAUGACCUCGAAGCCUCAUUUCCACUGCGAGCAAACUGGAUGAAGAAUAUUCAACGUGGAAGCAUAUUACAGGUAGUUACUUAUAUGCGCAUUUUGGGUUUCGACUGCGAUGUUGCUUUCGUACGGGUUCGCAUAUAUGGAAGUUAG